GCCCCCAUGUUGGGUGCCCAGGCGUGGCCUUCCGGCCGCAACCUCCGUCUGAAUUGCCGGCUGUUUGUUGGGAGCGGAAGUUCGGCCAUUUUGAGCGCGUCUUCUUGUCGGAGCCGAGAGAGAAACAGAGCGGAGUGAAGGGAACGUGAGAAACCGGGAGAGAGGACGUGAAAUCCGGGGUGUAAGAGAGAGAGGGUAUAGAGGGCAGCGAGUGAGCAAAAGGCAGCAGCAGCGUGAGUUACUCGAGGAGGGCUUCAAGGGGCAACAAAAAUCAAAGAAGUUAGAAUAAACCUGCAAAAAACACUGGUUCACCCUCAACUGGAGUAUUGCGUCCAGUUUUGGGCACAACACAGGAAGGAUGUGAAGACACGGGCGUGGCAAAGAUUCAUGAGAUUUAAGAUCAAAGAAGAUGAACGGGUCCCUGGAUCACCCCGACCAGCCCGACAUCGACUGUAUCAAGAUGUUUGUAGGUCAGAUUCCACGAUCCUGGUCGGAAAAGGAGCUGAAGGAGCUCUUUGAGCAGUAUGGUGCCGUGUAUGAAAUAAAUGUACUUCGAGACAGAAGUCAGAACCCUCCUCAGAGUAAAGGUUGUUGCUUUGUAACAUUUUAUACCCGUAAAGCGGCGCUGGAAGCACAAAACGCUCUUCACAAUAUGAAGAUUCUACCUGGGAUGCACCAUCCUAUACAGAUGAAACCAGCUGAUAGUGAGAAGAACAAUGCUGUGGAAGACAGAAAGCUGUUUGUGGGUAUGAUUUCCAAAAAAUGCAAUGAAAACGAUGUCCGUGUCAUGUUUUCACCGUUUGGACAGAUAGAAGAAUGUCGAAUAUUACGAGGUCCAGACGGACUGAGUCGAGGUUGUGCUUUUAUAACGUUUGCAACGCGAUCAAUGGCACAGAAUGCAAUCAAGACCAUGCACCAGUCACAGACAAUGGAGGGCUGUUCUUCCCCGAUCGUUGUGAAGUUUGCUGACACACAGAAGGAUAAGGAGCAGAAACGAAUUGCUCAGCAGCUCCAACAGCAAAUGCAGCAGCUGAACGCAGCCACCAUGUGGGGCAACCUGGCUGGGCUGAACACACUUGGACCCCAAUAUCUAGCACUUUAUUUGCAGCUCUUACAGCAGACAGCGUCCUCUGGGAACCUCAAUGCGCUGAGCAACUUGCACCCCAUGGCUGGUCUCAAUGCCAUGCAGUUACAGAACCUUGCUGCUCUGGCUGCAGCUGCAAGCGCAGCUCAGAACACAGCACCAGGCACCAACGCAUUGACCACAGGCAGCAGUCCCCUGAGUGCACUGACCUGUUCAGGUUCUACAAGCAGCAGCAAUACAAAUUCCUCCUCAGUGAAUCCGAUGGCAUCCCUGGGGGCACUGCAGACACUGGCAGGGGCAUCAGGAGGCCUCAACGUCAGCUCUUUAGCAGGUAUGGCAGCUUUGAACGGAGGCCUUGGAACGGGGGGUCUGUCAAAUGGUACAGGCAGUGCAAUGGAUGCUCUGACACAGGCAUACUCAGGGAUCCAGCAGUAUGCAGCUGCAGCUCUCCCUUCCCUCUACAACCAGAGUCUUCUUAGUCAGCAGAGCCUGAGUGCAGCAGGGAGUCAGAAGGAAGGACCAGAGGGAGGCAAUCUGUUUAUAUACCAUCUGCCCCAGGAGUUUGGAGAUCAGGAUCUGCUCCAGAUGUUUAUGCCUUUCGGAAAUGUCGUUUCUGCCAAGGUUUUCAUUGACAAACAGACGAACUUGAGCAAAUGUUUUGGAUUUGUAAGCUAUGACAAUCCAGUCUCGUCGCAGGCUGCCAUACAAGCAAUGAAUGGCUUUCAGAUUGGCAUGAAGCGCUUGAAAGUCCAACUCAAGCGAUCGAAGAAUGACAGCAAGCCAUACUGAGCUUUUGUCAGAAUAAACUUGAGUUUAAACAUGUUCACUGAUCUCUUCGUGCCCGUUUGUUCAUCGUCUGCCUAGCAUGUUGCUGUGACGUCCAAGUUCAUCGUCCCCUCGUUGUCUCUCAGCUUCUCUGAUGCUUGACCUCUACUGACCUUUGACCUUGUUUUGAUCUUAUUAAAUUUGAUAAAUUUCAGAAUCCUUUUGUUCUACUCUUUCCCCACCACUACGCCCGUGCCCCACCCAAACCCCCAUUCAAUGCUGCUGAGGCAGGCUGCUUUAAACAGGCUUACAAAAGAUUGUUACAUUUAAAUCUUCUUUAAGAGUCUAUUUUUCUAGAAUUUCUUAACUAAAUUGCAGCAUUUUGACACUUCUUUCUACUCCUUUUUGCGAAGCGCCCUUUCUAGCACGAGCAGAGGGCUUUAAAUCUCAAGCUGCCAAUCGAUAAAAAAGCAGAAAAUGAUUUGUGUGUGAUCCUGUUUCUGUUUUCAGUUUGUUUAGAAGUAUGGAGUGUUUGUCACAUUUUGCUCUAAGGGAAAUGAAGCUGAGAUACAUCCUCUACAUUAGUUGGCAGGGUUAAGGUUUCCUUCUCCAGUUCAACAUCCCCUUUCACAAUCCUUACCUUCCCCUUCUCUGCACUUCCCUCUCUCCCUAGACCACUCCACCACUCCCUCCCUCCCUCACUGUCCCCGCCCGCUCGCAGGCUCUCUCCCCCACAUGCCCGCCCGCCCU